CUGUCUUACAGAACUUGUCCACAAUGGCUUCCGUGGAGACAUUCAGAUCCCGCGCUGCCCACGUUAUCCUCAUCGCACUGCCUCAAUGAUCAUCGCUCCUCCCCACUUCGUUCGCGUCGACGAUGUUCGCACCACUCUCAUGCUUCGCAACUUGCCCAAUGGAAUGACCUCUUUCGAGUUGAAGUAUCUCAUCGACGGUAUGGCGCGCAACAUGUACAACUUCUUGUAUCUCCGCAUGGACUUCCAGACCGGCAACAACGUCGGCUAUGGAUUUGUCAACUUUGAUGAUCCCGAUGCUGCGGUCCAGUUUGCCGGUAAGUGGCAAGGCUUGACUUGGAUCAUCAACCAUACCACCAAGGUCGCGGCUGUUUCUUACGCCACUACUCAGGGUAAGGAGAACCAAAUCGCUCGCUUUCGCAACUCUGGUCUUCGCCUCCAGCCUGCACCAAAUCGUCCCAAGCUUUUCGUCUCGCUCUUCGACUUCGCCGAAGAAUCUAUGUCUGGACGCGCCUUGGGUGAGGAGAUUCCACUUCCCCACGUCGAUAACCAUACCAAGCUCAAUCGUUCUGUUAUGAAUGGUCGCAACAACGGUCUUUACAGUCGCGCUCGCCGCACCGGACAGGCAAACCUCAUGCAGGGCUUGUUUGACAACGGAAACCCACACAAUCCCCCAGAGUUCGACUCUAUCUUUUCUUUCGCUCAUCAGUUCAGCGCUGUCUACAACAAGUGAUGUGCUCUUUCCCCAUCCCUCUUCUUUGGUUCGGCUUUUGUGUCUGGAUCUGAUGGUGAUUGGCCAAUGUGGUCUGGAUGGAUGUCGGUUACAUCUUGUUUGCGUUCUGGAUUUGAAUCUUCUCUUCUUGUAUCGUCGGCCUAGUGGUCUUGACGCCUUUUAAUACCUUCACUGUCUCUGUUUAUCUUGUCGGCGAAAUGGCGAUACUGUAGCGAGAUCUUGUAUCUCAACCACCUCCUCUUAUGGAGCAAUACAAUAGUUAGAUACCAAUUGACAUCAUGGC